AUGUUAAAAGUGAACAACUUCUGUGACUUUAUGUCCAAGGAAAGCAAACUGUGUUACAUCAAGGAGAAUUUGGCUUCCCUCGCUCACAGCCCGAACCAAUUAGUGUACAGUGGCACCACGCUCUACUUCAGCUUUGAAUUCGGACAAGGAGAAUACAUUCCUGUAUUACUCAACGUUGAGACUAAAAAGCUAACCGUAUUGCGAGGGAUUAAAGACGCUUUUGCUAUAGCAAAAGAUCCAAAAACAGAGGAAAUUUACUUCGGUGGCAACUAUGGUAUUUAUAAAUACAAUCCCACUUUUAAGAUGCUUAAGAAACUUUUUAUCAACAAUUUGGAUGUAUGGUGGAUACAGGUGAAGAAGAAAUUGUAUUUCAUUAAGUUCCCGAGCCUAAUGCUUUACUAUUACGAAAAUAAGACAAUAAAAACAGUGCAGGCAACAAAGAAUAGUGCAGUUAACCAAUUCGUUUUAGACAGUGACGAUAAUAUGUUCUUUAUAAAUACUACAGGAUUGUAUGGUAUCAAAAAUGGUGAUAACAAAGUGUUAUUUUUGAAGGAUAAACCAAGGUUUUUUGGUAUAGCUGUUGAUAAUACAGGUCACGUUUAUCUUUGUAGCGAAAAUGGUAUCUAUGUUAUAAAUAAAACUGAGCACAAAGUGAAAAGGAUCCUAAACGUGCAAGGGGUUCUGGCAAUGACUUUUGAUGCGAAUAAUCGUCUCAUUUAUUCUGAUUCUCAUGAAAUCGUUCGCCUCACACCGGUAUCCAGGGAUGAAUUUAGCAACGUUGAUAAUAUCUAUUAUGUAUCCUUAUAG